UAAGUACAUUUUUACAACUUCACACACAUUAUGAGAAAAUUACAUUGUGGUCAUUACCACUCUCAAACGCUAGAUGUCCCCACAUGACCGUCCAAUCUGCUAAAUCCUCCAGACAUCACUAUCCUAGCAGGCCACUGUAACCGAAAAUAUAGCUACAUUCCGGGGUAAAGCGCGGCAUCGGAAAUAAGAAAACCUGUCGAGAAGGAACGUUUCAACAUUUUAGUGCUGUUUAUGUGCAUAACUGACUAUUUAAGUUUCAGAUCUCGGUAAAAUGUUAUACGUUACUAAGCGUGAGUUGAAAUAGCCGUAUAGUGGUUUGUUUGUUUACCAUGAUUUCAUAACACCAGUGUCAGACUGGGCCUCCACGCGGGUGUUUUUAUCUCAAAGCUAGCUAGCGAACAACCGGCUAACUAAAGUUAGAUUAAAAUAUUGGCCUGUUGUUAAAAUAAAAUGUCAGGCUUUAAUUUCGGGUCUGGAUCCACGAACACUGGCGGAGGGUUUUCGUUUGGAGCCGCUGCCAGUACUCCAGCUACAGCAGGUAUGGGUGGGUUUACUCUGGGUGGAGCUCUGGGUACUGCAGCCCCCACCCCAGCCUCCACCACCACCACCUCUUCUCUGGGCCUGGGGGGGUCCCUGUUCGCACAGAAACCUACUGGGGGGUUCUCCUUUAAUACUCCUGCCUCAGGAGCUGCGGCACCCACCCAAGGCUUUACGUUAGGUGUCCCAGCAACCUCUACAGCCCCCACCACAGGCUUCAGUAUGGCCUUCAAUAAACCGUCUGCCUCGGCCCAACCCUUCUCCCUCACUGCAGCAGCCUCGGCCCCCACAGGGGCAGGACUGACGCUAGGCUCCGUCCUCACCUCCACCACUCCACAUCAAGGAGCUACAGGAUUUGCUCUCAACCUAGGGGGUGUAGCCGCGAGUACAGCCCCUUCCACAGGUCUAUCGUUGGGUUCCAGUAUGUUCUCUAACAUGGCUCCUACUGGUCUGGGCCAGUCCACUCUGGGAGGACUGGGGUUAGCGUUAGGUCUGGCCCAGACCACUCUCGGAUCAGGGGGGUUGAUGUUAGGUUCCCUGGUCUCUACCUCCACGGGGGUCUCAGCGGCCCCCAGCCUUGGACUGGGCGGAGUUGACUUCAGCAUCUCCUCAGAAAAGAAGAGCGACAAAUCAUCAGGGGCCAGCCCACAGGACAGUAAAGCGUUGAAAGAUGAAAACUUGCCUCCAGUCAUCUGUCAGGAUGUAGACCACUUUCAGAAGUUUGUGAAGGAGCAGAAGGAGGUUCAUGAGGAGAUCAGCAGGAUGUCUUCUAAAGCCAUGCUGAAGGUUCAGGAUGACAUCAAGAGUCUCAAACAGCUGCUGUCUGUCAGUUCCUCGGGACUACAGAGAAACGCCCUGGCUAUAGACAAACUGAAGAUGGAGACCGCACAGGAGUUGAAGAAUGCAGACAUAGCUCUGCGGACUCAGAAGACUCCCCCUGGACUCCAACACGAAAACGCAGCUCCCUAUGAUUAUUUCCGGUGUUUAGUGGAUCAGUUUGAGGUCCAGCUGCAGCAGUACAGACAGCAGAUAGAGGAACUGGAGAAUCACCUCUCUACACAAGGCAGUGGAUCACACUUCACACCACAGGAUCUGUCGCUGGCCAUGCAGAAGUUGUACCAGACGUUUGUGUGUCUGGCUGCUCAGCUCCAGUCAGUACAUGAGAACGUCAAGAUCCUGAAGCAGCAGUACCUGGGAUACCGCCGGGCCUUCCUGGAGGACUCCACAGAUGUUUUUGAGUCCAAGCGGGUGGCCAGUAAGAAGUGGAAGAGCGCCCCACGCAUCACCAUCGGCCCCGCCCCGUUCAGCAGUGUCCCUAACGCGGCAGCGGUCGCCAUGGCAGCCACGCUGAGCCAGCAGCAGCCCGGACCAGGGAGCCAGGCGCCCCUGGGGUCUGGCUUGGGAAACCCCUUUGCCUCGGGAGUGGGCUCUAGCUUGGGCUCAUCAGGCCUCGGAGUGUUUGGUGGGGGUCCAGGUUUCGGGGGGGUUGCGACGGGGGGCUCAUUUGGUUUCUCCUCCGCCAGCAAGCCCUCGGGAGGGAGCCUGAGCGCAGGUUUUGGUAGCAGCAGUAGUAGUUCAGGGUUUAACUUCAGUAACCCCGGCCUCAACGCGUCUGCAGGCCUGACGUUUGGCGUCUCCAACCCUCCCGCCACGGGCUUCGGCACGGGAGGUCCACUGCUGCAGCUCAAGAAGCCCCCGGUGGGAAACAAGAGGGGCAAGAGAUAGACUGAGGAGCAAAGGGGACGGUGGGGUUACGGUUAGGAUUUGGGGAGGGUAAGCUGAUCCUAGAUCUGUGACUUCCAGAACUGUCCAGGUUUGUAUAAUGGGUCCAUCUUAGAUGGUUUUGGGGAGGGUACGUUUACUCUAGAUCUGUGCCUAAGGGCGACUUCUAGAGCUGUCCAGGGGAGGUGGUGGUGGCGGGGGUAACAGUCUGUCCCAGAUCUCUAUGUUUAUAUCAGACGGGGAGCGUAGGGUUCGAGGGAGGGGGUGAGGUAGGAGCAGGAUGGAGGGAGUAGAGAGGUAUAACUAGCUAGUAACUAGUUUCAACAAACAGUUGAAACCGAUCAGCACAUUUGGAGAAGUUUCAUUGCCUGUGUUUUAUUUUUAAACCUCAUUAUUGUUUCAUCAUGAUUGUUUGUUUUCGUUUUUUUAUACACUCUGUAAGUGUGUUUGUUGCGUGUGCGACGUGUGUGUGUGUGUGUGUGUGUGUGUGUGUGUGUGUGUGCGUGCAUGUAAGGGAGAGAACUUGGCCAUGCUGAAUGUCCCACAUGGCCCUCCGUACAAGUUAGAACCUGAAAGGGAUUGUUCAUAACCAUAAUUGGAAAUAACCUCUGUACCAGAACUGAAUUGUGUGUGCGUCUCAGUCAAUAGACCAUUGUCUUGUUGUAGGGUGGGUGGAGGAUGAUUCUAUUGCGGUCUGCUUUUCAGUUGUCUAUUCUGAUUCUCUGUUACCAAAUAGUGAUGCCAUUAUAUUUUCUAUUCAUCUGAGGUGAUAAGGGUAAACUUGUAUUUUCAAACAGCAGUUUAAUAAUAAAAGUAUUGAUGUUGAUGAUUCUU